UAACAGCUUGAUGAUGAGCAACCAAAACAAGCCGGAUUUAAAAAUUAUUCUAGAAUUCAGUGCUGGCGCGGAGCUGCUGUUCGGCAAUAUCAAACGACGUGAAAUCUCCUUGGAUGGCACGCAAAAAUGGACAAUUGCGAAUUUGCUAAAGUGGAUGCACGUAAACAUUCUUACCGAACGGCCGGAACUAUUCAUACAAGGAGACACAGUACGGCCUGGAAUAUUGGUGCUGAUCAACGAUACGGACUGGGAGCUUCUGGGUGAGCUGGAGUACGAGCUGCAGCCGAACGAUAAUGUGUUAUUCAUCUCAACACUGCACGGCGGAUAAUAGUGGCAGCUGCUCAAUAACAGCGACUGCUAUGUUAACUAGUAUAAGUAAAAAGUUUUGUAUUUAAAAAAAUAAAAAUAAAAUCAAAUUUUAUACAGA